AUGGACCCAUUCCCAAUCAAUGUUUCAGUUUCCUCUCCCCCUUCGACAUUUAUAUAUAUCAUCUGCUCAGCACCCCUCAUCUACUUUGCCAUCUACCACGGAACAAAACUCCUGCUAGACGCAGCAUUCCUGUACAACAGACAGAAGAAAACAGCUUCCCCCCGCGGAUGUCGCCGACUAGGCCUCCCACCGGGUCAGAGCAACAUCCACGACGAAUUCGACCCGAAAUACCGACGGGGUGUUCCACCUGACGAAGAAGAAGAUGAUGAUGGAAAACCCAACUGGCGCAUCAAAGCGCUGUUCGCGUACCCGAUCAAGAGCUGCGCUGGCAUCGAGUUCGACGUCGCUGAUGUCGUCGGCACGGGGCUGGCGUAUGAUCGGCUGUUCUGCUUUGCGGAGUAUGUCACUCCUAGCAACAACAGCAACAGUCCUGACGGGGAAAAGGCGAAAGAUUUCCGGUGGGAAUUCAGAACAAUGCGCAACGGCCGGUUCAGCAAGCUGGCGCUCAUCCGGCCCGAGAUCUGGGUCCCUGAUCCGUCUUCGCCAAGCUACUCUCCUGACCUGGAGGAGGUCAAGUCUGGAGGUGUGCUGGUGAUAUACUAUCCUCGGGCCAUUCCCUCUUCUUCCUCCAGGUUAUCUUCACUUGCUAUCAGACUUGGCAUGGCCCUGGGACUCUGUGCGCGCGAGGCUUCAUUCCGCGUUCCGUUGCAUCCUCCGCCAGGGCAUCAGUAUCCUUCUGUCCCAGUGCGACUGUGGAAGGACUUCCCUGUUGCAUUCGACUACGGACGACACAUCCCAGCUGAGCUGCGAGAGUUCCUUUCUCCUGAUGAUGAUGAUGAUGAUGACGAUGCACCACCGCCCCUGACGCUCUUCCGCGCGGAUCCCGCUUCCUAUCGCGCCAUCUUUCGCUGUGCGCCUAGGAAAGAACAGCUCGGCUUCCAGCCGCACACGGCUUUCGCAGACGCAUAUCCCAUCCACAUGCUCAAUCUUGCGAGCGUGCAGGAUGUCGCGGAGCGGUGUUCGCACGCGAUCCCGCGGCUCAGCGUGCGGCGGUUCCGGGCGAAUAUCAUCAUCCAGGGGCCGGAAGCGUACGCGGAGGAUGCGUGGAAGAGGAUCCGUGUGGGAGGCGGACGACGACGAACACGCAAGGAAACACCAGAUCAGAAAACCAGCGCUGAGAAAGAGGAUGACGACGAUGACGACGGCGUCGAAAUCUACACCUCCUGCCGCACCGUUCGCUGUCGUCUGCCCAACGUCGACCCGGACACGGGAAUCCGGCACCCGACUGAACCGGACAAGACGCUCAAGAGCUUCCGGUGCAUUGACGCGGGGGAUCCGAAGAAUGCGUGUUUGGGGAUGCAGCUUGUUCCUGCUGUAGAAAAAUUUACUAUCCGCGUCGGCAAGCGGAUCACUGUCCUCGAGACCGGUGAACAUUUUUAUAUCAAGAUGCUUGGUCCGGGUGAUCCUGCGGUAUAG